AUGUGGGCGACGACGUACCGAGUGACUCUGAAGAAGCAGGCCUUGGAGGAACGCUUCGGGAUCGUGAUCACAUACACCAAACGUGGUGAAGGCUUGCUGAUCAAAGACGUGGGCCAGGAGUCUGCAGUCUUGCAAUGGACCCGGGAGCAUCCCGAUCGUCCUAUCCGCAUCGGCUGCGCCAUCCUCGCCAUAAAUGGGGAAGAUCAGAUUGAGCCCAUGCUGGAGCAGCUGCACAUGUCCUGCAAGCUGGAUUUGCUGAUCACCGCAGAACUGACUGCCAGCCAGCAGCAGACGCUGCAUAGGUCACUGCAGAAGACAGUACCCUCCUUCGUGGUGGAGUCGCUUCCUCGUGUUGCAGCGGACGAAAGCGCCGAGAAGGACGUCUGUGCAAUCUGCUUUGAAGAGUUGGAGGGCGACGGAGAUGUGGGCUCCCUGCCGGCGCAGCUGCCUUGUGGGCACCUCUUUCACGCUCCCUGCGUGAAGACCUGGCUGGUGACAAGGAGCCGUCGCUGCCCGAUGUGCAACCAGGAUGUGGAGCUGAAGCUCCAGAAUGCGCCGCUACCUCGCGAG